AUGGACGAAGAAAACCACGGCUCAGCCGCCUACGGUAGCGAUACGUCUUUGAUGGAAGCUUCUCAAGUAAGUUUCGAUUUGAUUUUUAGAAUUUUUUCAGUGAUAGGGUAGACCCUCAAAAUAUGCUAACAUCUCGCUUUUUUUGGGAUUUGAUCGCAAAAUUGUUUGAUGUCUCCAUUGCAUAAAAAAAUAUCAUCGGUUUUUCCAAAAAAAUGGAUUCUUUUUCAUUUUUCGAAUUAUUUUUUUAGUCAUGACAUGAUUUUUUUCAAAUUUUUUUCUCGAUGAGUUGCCAAAAAAACAUAAAAUUAUAUUAGAUCAGCCUUCAAUUUUUUUGUCCUGUCCUGAAGACACCCGAAAAAGAAAAAAAGAUAUAUCGACUGGGAGUCUUUAGCAAAUUGGAUCAUGCAAGAUUUAAAGUGUUCUUAUUUCAUUGAUGAAACGAUUAUUAGUUUGAUAAACUUUGAGAAACUCAUGAAAGGUGAAAAAAAUGCCUCCAAUGCGUUCAACUUAGUGACUAGUUUAAUAAUAUAUUUCGAUUUCCCCAAUUUUCCUUCUUUUCAAAAACCACAAAGGCCAUCCCCAGAAAGCGAAAAUUCAAAAUCAGACUGAAUUUGAGAAAGGCUCCUUUUUUUCAAAAGCAAGAGAAUAAUCUAAACUUGUUUUGAUUCCAGAAAAUUGCAGGAAGUGAAAAACCAUUGGCCUACUUGGGCGAUUGUACUGGUGAUCGUUUGCAUCGUUUUGACGGCGCUCGCUUUUCUUCUCGGAAACUUUAUCACAAAGAAAGCUACACCUAUCAGGUAACCUAUUCCAAAAACCCCGUAUAAAGAAUAUUUUUUCCUCGUUCGGCGACAUUGGUAGUAUAGACUUUCACCACAUUCUUGUGGUGCCCACACGCGCAUCGAAUGACACAUGAAAAAUUCAUUUCGGUGCAGUUUUUUUCUUUUCUCGAUAGAAAGAAUUAAAAUUGCGUACGUUAAUUUUAUUAAAAGAUUUCCAGAUUCAAAGGACAGUCUACGCAAGUCGGGAAAGGCCGAGAAAGAAAAUGGGGAGCUGGAUUUUCUGGAGGCAUGUGGGGAGCGGCUACGUAA